AUGGUUUGUUCCAAAGCAACAACAGCAGCAACAAAAGCCACAAACAAUAAUCCAUGGCAGAAUAGCUCCGUUAACAUUUUCAUGUGUCGGCCAGUCACCACUGUCGGAUAUUUUAUGUGGAUUUACACGACUGAAGUCCUGCCAAGAGAAACAGUGCACCUCUACAGAGUAAUGGAUUGUCACCAGCUGGGUCAAUUGAUUCAAAAGGGACUAGCCUUUCGUUGUAGAAACUUCCAAAUCCAAUUGUAUACAGAUACUUAUCGAAAAACAAUAACAAGAGUCAAGAAAAACACUGUAUCGAAUAACAAAUCGAUUUUAAAUGGGGAUUUUGUAGCAUUUGCCAUGAAAUAUCGCAAAAUCUUUAAAAUGGGUCACAUCACAGAGCACAUGACAUACGCUACUACCGAUGUGCCUACAUACAUACGAAUCACAAAGAUCAUACCACGUAAUUCCAUGAAGCAAAAAAAUGAGGAAAAAGUUCUAAACAGUUUUAGAAAAUGUUACUUUGUUGUUGUCAUUGAGAGUGUUGCGGAUGAUAAGGAAUUAGAAGACUUAUUAGGCAAGUUAAGUUUAGAAACAAAAGAAACCAUGAACGCCGAACAAGUAAGUGAGCUAGUUAGAGCAGAAGUGAGCAGGGCAUUGGCCGCUCAAAAAUUAGAAUUCGACAGGAAAAUAACUGCGAUUAACAGUAGACUUGCUACUGACAAACCUAAAAUUGAAAAGUUUACGAAAGUUCGGAUAAAUCCGCUGGUACCUUGUGAUAUCACCUUAGAUGCCAUAAAGUCUCUUCCGGAAUUUUCGGGACAGCCAGGCACCUAUGUGUCAUGGCGCGAGGCAGCGCACAAUGCAUACGAGUUAUUUGAGAAAUACGAUGGCAGCGAACGCCACUAUCAAGCGGUGAUUAUUCUUAGAAAUAAAGUGCGAGGUGCCGCCGAUGCAGUACUUUCAUCCUUUAGCACGGUAUUAAGUUUUAAAGCAAUCAUUGCCCGUCUCGAUUUUACUUACGCGGACAAACGUCCGAUAUAUCUGAUCGAACAAGAACUGUCCACGCUGAGGCAGGGUUCGAUGCAGUUACUAGAUUUCUACGAUGAGGUAGAAAAGAAAUUAACCUUGUUAGCCAAUAGGACAAUCAUGUCAUAUGAAAAUAGUGUAGCAGACACUAUAAACGAAAAAUACAGAGCCGAUGCACUUAGGGUUUUCAUAUCAGGUUUAAGGAAACCCCUUUGUGAUAUCCUGUUUGCCUCAAGACCAACAGACCUCCCUUCUGCAUUGGCCUUAGCACAAGAAGUAGACGCUAAUAACGAGCGCUACGCUUUCGCGAAAAAUUUCGCAAAUAGAUCUGAUAGUUCUUACAACAGAAAGGCAAGUUCUGCCCAAAAUUCCCCUAAUACGGAUCACAAUGUGGGACAGAAGAACCCACAUUAUUCGGUUACCAAACAGAAACAGGCUGGUCAACCGCAGAACAACUUAAAUAACCAAAAGCCACACACCAGUGGUAACUUCGCCGAUCAUAGACGUGUCGAACCUAUGGAAGUAGACCCUUCCCUAUCCCAAUUUAGACAAAAAAAAAACUACCAAAGUCAUGACUAUAAUGACAGGUCACAGGGAAAUACACAGAAACGAGCGUCAAAUUCAGGGCGAUACACAGGACCAAAACUACAACGUGUGAAUCAUCUUAGCGAAGAACACGAAUCAAUGGACGAGCCAACGUAUGAUGAAGAUGCGGAACAGGCCGUAGACGAAAUUGAGAGCGACGAGCUUAAUUUUUUAGGGGAAGGUCCCUCCUGCCUUGGAUUUCAAGAAGAUUUUUUUAUUUUACCCGAGUUGAAAUCAUUUGAUGGCGUUAUUGGCCUUGAUUUAUUGAAUAAGGUACACGCAUCCAUUGAUUUAAAAACUAACACAAUUACACAUGACCAUGGAAAAGAAGUUAUUUUAUUUAUUACCAGCCAGGAUAUAAAUCAUUUACAACUUCAGGCUAAGUCGGUACCAAGGGAGUUCAAAGACGCAUUCUUUAGAGUAAUUGCCAACGUAAACGGAGUAUUUGCAGACCCCAAUGAAGCACUCCCAUACAAUACGAAUGUGGUUGCGACCAUCCGCACGGAGAACGAAGACCCAGUUUACUCAAGACUGUACCCGUACCCACUGGGCGUUGCGGAUUUUGUUAAUAAGGAAAUUCAGGAUUUACUGGCAAACGGUAUCAUUCGAAAGUCUAGGUCCCCCUAUAACAACCCAAUAUGGGUCGUUAAAAAAAAGGGCUUUGAUGAAAAUGGACAGGAAAAAAAGCGAUUAGUUAUAGAUUUUCGAAAACUUAAUGAUAAAACUGUCAGUGAUAGGUACCCGAUUCCAGAAAUAACGGAAACUCUAUCCAACCUUGGUGGGAGUAAAUUCUUCACUACACUAGACCUAAAAUCAGGUUUCCACCAAAUUCAGUUGUCUGAACCCGAUAGAGAAAAAACCGCAUUUUCUGUAAAAAACGGAAAAUAUGAAUUCUGCAGACUGGCCUUCGGUCUGAAGAACGCGCCCAGCAUUUUCCAAAGGGCGAUAGACGAUGUGUUAAGAGAACACAUCGGUAAGAGAUGUUUCGUCUACGUCGACGAUGUCAUUAUAUUCUCGAAAAACGAGCAAGACCAUUUAACAGAUACGGAAGUAGUGAUGCGAAGUCUAUUCGAAGCCAAUAUGAGGGUAUCGGCAGAAAAAUCAAAAUUUUUCCAAACCGAGGUCGAAUACUUAGGGUUCUUAGUUUCACAAGGAGGAAUUAAAACUUGUGCUGAAAAAAUUGAAACAAUUCGGAAUUUUCCUGAGCCCAGCACCUUAAGAGGUCUAAGGUCAUUCUUAGGCUUAGCGGGAUACUACCGCUGCUUCAUACGCGACUUCGCCAAGAUUGCGAAACCACUAUCAAACAUACUGAGAGGAGAGUACGGCCGAGUUACUGCAACACAGUCGAAAAAAAUCAAGAUUGAUUUGACUAGUGAGCAGAAAAAAGCCUUUAUUGAAAUAAAAGAUAUACUUGCCUCCGAAGACGUAACCUUAACAUACCCAGAUUUCCGAAAAGCGUUCGAUUUAACCACAGACGCAUCCUCCCAUGCUAUAGGUGCUGUCCUUUCACAGGAGGGAAAACCUAUAACCAUGAUUUCCCGCACUUUGACAAUUAGCGAGGAACAUUACGCUACUAAUGAACGGGAAUUAUUAGCCAUUGUCUGGGCACUUGAAACGCUUGGAAACUACCUUUAUGGUGUAUCAAAAUUAAACGUAUUCACGGACCACCAACCAUUAACCUUUGCCGUUUCGGACAGAAAUCCGAAUUCUAAAAUUAAAAGGUGGAAAGCUUUCAUUGAUGAAUGCAACGCAAAGCUAAUCUAUAAACCGGGCAAGGAAAACGUAGUUGCAGAUGCGCUGUCCAGACAGCACAUUAAUGCUUUAGACAAUGCGAGUGUUGAAACAAUCCACAGCGAAGAAUCAUCUACCAACACGAUUGAGAGAACCGAUAAGCCGGUAGAUUGCUUCCGUAAUCAGAUACUUGUUGAGGAAGGCACAGAACCCCAGAGAAAAACUUUCAUUAUUUUUGGGAAAAAGACGAGACACUUGAUUUCAUUCCGAACCGAUGACGAUUUAAUUAAAAAUCUCCAGGAAGCCGUGAACGUAGAUGUAGUAAAUGCUCUGCAGUGUGAUCUACACACAUUGGCACGAUUCCAGCAUAAAUUGAUCGAACUCUUUCCAACCGUGAAAUUCAGGCACACAGAAAAGUUAGUUAUUGAUAUAUCAGAUCCUAACGAACAACAGGAAAUUAUCGCAGCCGAACACAAUCGAGCACACCGAGCAGCCCAGGAAAACGUGAAGCAAAUAAUUGAAGACUAUUUUUUUCCAAAAAUGGAAAAGAAGACUAAACAAUUUGUAGCAAAUUGUCGCUCUUUAAAGUCUAGGACGAUAGUAGACGUUAAGCCUCAGCUUCUGCAGUUGCUCAAUGUGUUUUCAAAUACGAAAACUAUUUACUGUGACAACGAGAAGUCGCUCAAUUCACAUAGCAUCAAGGCCACGUUAAAGAACCAUUUCGACAUCGAUAUUGCGAACGCUCCACCCUUGCACAGUACCUCAAAUGGACAGGUAGAGCGAUUUCACAACACACUGAUGGAAAUAUCUAGAUGUCUUAAACUUGACAAAAAUUUAGAUGAUAUCGAAGAGAUAGUUCUUUUGGCUACCAUCGAAUAUGACAGGUCAAUACAUUCGGUAACUGAGACGAAACCUAUUACAGCCUUUCAUUCCUCGGAAGCCGACGCACAAAUAGUAUCGCGUAUAAAAAACACUCAGAUCAAAAACUUAGAAGCGCACAAUAGGAAUAGGCAAGAUAGGGAUUUUGCCGUUGGGGAGAAGGUGCUCGUAAAAAAUAACAGAAGGCUAGGUAAUAAACUUACACCUCUUUACACCGAAGAGGAAGUUGAAAAAGACCUGGACAGUAACGAAAUAAACUUCAUAAUAAAAAAUGAGCACUUCACGAACCUCUCCGUGGCCGAUGUUAUGGCUGUAGCUAAUAUUAAGAUUUUGCAAUACGAUAAUGUAAUUUACUUCCUAAUAAGAUAUCCUAUUCCUAAGCUUAGAUGUAAGAAAAUUACUAUUUUACCAGUAGCUCACGGCCACCAAAUGCUCCACCUACAAGAAUCCACCUUAGCGGUAUGCCAUAAUCGUACCUUAGCGGUGAGGAACUGCAGCGACACGAUACCAACUUUUUGCCUACCGUCAUCAGCCACAUCAUGCGCUCUACAACUACUGACAAGUAACACUGCAAGCUGCAGCACCACAUUCAACAAUCUCACGCCGAUUACACCAAUAGGCGAUGGAUUGGUAGUCAUAAAUGACCAACUGGCAAUAGUAGAAGAAAGUAAUGAAGCUCCUGUUACAAUUAAUGGCACUUACCUGGUCAUUUUCAAAGAUCAUGUAAAAAUCAACGAUUCGGUAUAUUACAACGAGAAUUCGACGACUCCUCUGCAACCUGAAACUCCAUGGGCUUCUGAGAUCAACCUGACACAACACACUGAGAUACUAAGUGCCCCCUAUCUGCAUCACGUGAACCAACGGAACCUCCAACACAUCCGCCAUUUACAACGUGUGGUCGAUCAGGGCCAAAUCGCAGGUUUAUCAAUCAUUGGUGGUUUUGCGAUUGUGGGACUGGCAGGUUACCUAUUACGACGAAGAACCAUCACAAAAAAGAAGAUCAUCAUAACCAGUUUAGCUGCACCAAGGCAACCAAAAACCCCACACGAGCUGCUAAGUCAGCGCAUUGGACACCUUAUUCUAGACACCUUAUUCAUUUGGUUGCACCCAAACCAACUACUUACAACCAUUCAUGGGAAACCUUCAUGCUCCCGUAUUCCCACAAGUAACACGAGCCGCCUAUUCAACACCCCACUACAGGUUAAUAGCCCAAUAUUCUACACGGGCCACUGUGUCAGCAAGAAAUGCAAUGGCAACGUUGACAGAGCGACAGCGGCGCAACAUAAUGUGGUGGCUUAG